UAGCUCUCAACAUGAUGUAUUAAGCAACUAUGUAAUUAUCUGAAUCCAAGAGAUGAAGUUCUCAAGUACGUUCAACCCCCAACCCUAACGGGAUAAACAACCCGUAGUUAUCCAAAUUUCCCAGGAUGGUUUGGUAAUCAGGGGCACCCGAGCUAUCGAGCGGAGCCUCUAUUGCCCCGAGCUGCUUCGAUCGUGAAAUCUGCCCCGAUAUCGUAAACUCAAAGUGCCUGUUCACAGCGUAGCGAUUACAAAUUCAACCCUCCCUCUCUCUCUCCUCAUUUAACAAUCUUACAACGUCAAUUGCACGUAGAGCAAACGUAGACAUAGAGGUAUAAAUAAAGUCUACAUUUCAUCCUGACUCCAAAAUGACGAUAUCAAAAGCAAAAAAGAAAUCUUAACGCUUCGGUGACGUCACCAUGGCCCAAUCCACAUUCCCCAAGAGAUCCGUCUUCGUCACCGGCGCGAACGGGUACAUCGGCUCCGCCGUCUGCCGGGCCUUCGUGCGUGCCGGCUGGCGCGUCUACGGGCUGAUCCGGCGCCCCGAAGCAGCUGGCACUUUAUACUCCGAGGAAACCACCCCUAUCAUCGGGUCCAUCUCCACCAACGCCACGUUCCCCGAGGCCCUAGCCAAAUACACCAAGACCCUCGACGUCAUCGUCUCGUGCACAGAACAAGUCCCCUUCGGCGCGCACUACGACGUCGCCAUCUCCCUCAUCCGCAAGCUCGCCGCCACGUCCAACGCCAACGGCAUCCGCCCCCUCGUCCUCGCCAGUUCCGGGUGCAAGGACUACGGGACAACCGGUAUCCACGGAUCCCCGAGCCUCGCCCCGCACACCGAGGCCUCGCCGCUCCAGCCCAUGGACAUAUUGAAAGAGCGCGCGUUCGCAUGCCUCAAGAUCUUCGAGCACGAGGACUUAUUCGACGCGGCGCUCCUGCGGCCCACGCCCGUAUACGGCUACGACAGCAGCUACUACGGCCUGGUCUUCGAGCUCGCGGCCGCAGCUGCCCAAUCCGAACCCCGCGUUUUGGAAAUCCCGUUUGAUUUCGCCACGAUUAUCCACGGGUGCCACAUCGACGACUGCGCGGAAGCUUACGUCGCGCUUGCUGCGCACGCGGACCGGGACGCGGUCGCGGGGCAAUGCUUCAAUAUAUCCGCUGGCCAAUAUGAGACUUUGGCUAUGAUUGCCGACGCGCUGAAAGCUGAGUACGGACUGCGCGACGUAGUGCGGGCGCCGACUGGGGUUGAGGCCGAUUUGUCGAUGUACAUUGCGCUGGGCCAUAGCCAGUGGGUUGACAGCAGCAAGAUCCGGCGACUGACCGGGUGGACGGAUAAGAGGCUGCCGUUCUGGGAGGGCUUGCCUGUGUAUCGCAUGGCAUAUGAGGAGGCGGCUCGGAGGGGCCACGAGGGUGUGUUAAGGGUUAAGGAGAGGUUUAGGAAUGUGCUUAACGGGACUAAGAAAUAGCUUGAGGAUACUGGUAUAAUGGUGUGAGGUUUAAAGAGAGGUAAGGUAAUUGAAUAACAAUUAUAUGAAAUAUUACCGCCUAUUAUACCUAUACUCACGUUAAGGCAUCUUAGAAACGACGAGAAGUAGCUAUAUUACCUAGGUGCCUAAUCUCUAACCAUUAAUAUGCAAUUAUUAGACGCAAAGAAAAGAUGCAUAUAGUAGCCGUUGAGAAACAUUAUUUUGCUCGUCAAUCCUGACUCAACUCCUCACCCCAAGCCGCGUCCAAUUCACUUCUGUCUUUUUCGACGUCGAUGCUUAAGGUAUAGUUCGAUGAUGAUGAUGAUUGCUUCCUUACACUUGUAGAGAACGUGGCUGUAUGGUGUGUACUAACAUAGCCCUCCUAAUUACAUUAGAAUGAAAGGAAAUAUGUAGUUUCCGUCGCCCCGUCGCCCCG